UCCAUCCAUCCAUCCACCCAUCCAUUUUCCAUCCAUCCAUCCAUCAUCCAUCCAUCCAUCCAUCCAUUAUCUCUGGUUCCGCUGCAUGUUUUAGAGUUUGUAAUGAACUAAAUCCUAGUUUUGACCCUUGACCCUUGGCUGUUGUCGGCUGUUCUGAUGCUGGAGACCUGCUGGUUCUCCUGGUUUCAUCAGAUGAAGUCUCCCUCCUCUUCCUCACCAACCGACAGACAUCUGUGGCCCAAUCAGGGACUCGCCAGCUGGGGUUCUCCUUCUCCAAUCAGGGUGGUUCCGCCAGCAGCCUGUUGCCACGGCAACCAUCUCUCAAGACGUUCUGUUUCUCGUUGCAGGUGGAAACUCGGGAAUGAUGAUGUUGUUGGCGCUGUGAACCGCGGAGGGAGCUGGUGGCAGGCGGCGGCAGAUGGAGAAUGGAGACCUGGGUCACAUGAUGGGGGAGCCAGUGAGUCUGAACGUGGGCGGCUGUGUUUACAGCACGUCACUGUCCCGCUGAGGCGCCAUGUUUAGAGGAGACCUGCCGACGGUCAAAGAUUCCCGCGGGACCUACUUCAUUCGUUGUUCCGGUGAUCUAACCGGGUCUGACCCGCUGUCUCGUUUCAGCUACAUCCUAAAUUUCUUGCGCUCAUCGGAGGUAACGCUGCCCUGCGGCUUCAAGGAGACGGCGCUGCUCCGUAAAGAGGCGCACUUCUACCAGAUUGAGCCCCUGAUCCAGUGCCUGGGAGACCCCAGGCCGUUGCUGCCAUACCCGACCAACACCUACGAGGAAGUGGCGGAGCUGUCCAGCACCAGGAAGCUGUCCAAGUACUCCAACCCGGUGGCAGUCAUCAUCACCCAGCUCACAUCCACUCUCAAGGUCCAGUCGGUGUUGGAGUCCGUCUCUAGCAGCUUCACCAACUGGGCCAAACACAUGAUGGACAGCAGAGACUUCCAGGUGUCCUUCAUGUUUGGACCGUGUGACUACCAGCAGGAGGUCAGCCUGCGGGUCAACCUGGAUCAGAAGCCGAGUCUCUCUGGUUCUGGACCAGGAACAUGGAGGACAUCUUUGUUUUUCAAAGCGGAGGCCGCUAGGUGGCGCUGUGGGGACCUUAGUAAGUUGGACGGGAAUAAAAAGUAAUCCCAUGAAUUUUU